AUGACUGCAGUGCGCUCAGAGUCUUUGCACUGGAAACCCCAGCCGGACACAGACUCAUCGAACACUUCGACUCGUCAACAGCUGACGAUGACAAAGAAGCAGGCGAUAGACUUUGUCAAUCAAUGGUACGAAGCUGGCCGGCCAAUUUUCACCAAAAAGGCGCUCCAAGAUCUCGGGGAGCAGCUGAAGAGCCGACGUACCAUGGGAGACAAAGUCACUGUGACGGGCCUCACCGGCGCUGUUUUCGAGGGUACAGUGAACUUGGGACAUCGUUUCUUCUCGACAACCUUCGCAAAUCCCGUUGAACGGGAAUAUAUCUACUUGGACCUUGCCAUCGACUACAAUCAUGCAGGAAGGCUCAUAGCGGACAUAAUGAGAUAUCCGGAUGGCAUUGACAUUCCAAUUUCGGAGCUCAUUCCCCUGCGACUGACGCAUGAGGUAUACCCGUUCGGUACAAAGGAAGAAAUCUGGAGUAGCAAGUAUGCGGGUGUUACCUUCGAGAAGGAGAGACGGGCCUGGGAAGCAAGUGAGGCCCACCGGACUCUCGAAGUGCUUUUGUCAACAACCAGAGCCGACAAAAUCAACAACAUCGUCGGGAUGGCCUGCGGUAGCCUGUCCCGGCCAGGCAGACCCAACUCUGCCUUCCAGCACGCGUUGCUGCUUACCGCAAAGGACUGGCUGAGAAAGAAGCGGCCGGGUGAGAAGGAGCUCUUCUGCUACGUGCAGGAUCCGGAGUACACACUUGUCGAUAGGGAAGUCCUCAACGGUGUCGGUAUCCAGGUGGUUGACGAUCCGGAUGGCUUUCUCAAGGUUGAUGACCGGUCGAUUGUGCUAUCUAUAGCACCCAACAUACCUGUCAAAAGUAUCAUCGUGGAUAUCGCUAGACCUGCCAUGGUGAUCUGGCUUCGCUUUGGACAAACGAAGGGCACUGUGAUUGACCCUGACUCGACCCCCCGCAUCACGAAAAUGAUGGAGGAGUACGAGGAUCAUAGACUCGAUCCGAAACUCGUGUCUGACGGAAAGCUCAGGGGUGCUAUGGUUUUUAUCCGGAAGGAUGUUAUCCCCAACAUGAGCGACAUAAACAAUAUGGAGCCUGUCGAGGGAGAAAAAAUCUCGCGGUUAGAUCUUGACUACAAACUCACACAUUGUUACUUGGUUGAAUCUGGGGAGGUGCCAACCCUGGAGGAAGCAAAGGCAAUUAUCGAUAGACUCUACGCAUCCGGAGUGCCCUUUUUCACCAAAGAGAUCAUUCAAGAUAUGUGGGAUCAGAUCAAGCGAGACCCAGUCGAAGGCGAUAAGAUACUUACCAAAGACAUAACCGGCGCGGUUGUUGAGUGCGACGUGGAGACGGGAAAGGUUCGGCAAUGGUGGGGGGACGAUCUGGGAUUGGAAUUUGUGUGCAAGGAACUGGUCCUUUCUUACCGAUGUCGAGCAUCCCUCAGGAACGAGAUCAACCGAAGAGAUUACCCGUUGUCGCAUUGGGAGCCUUGCUCAGUCAGUGUCAUGCAUCGGACACACGAAUGGGAUAGCAAGACCGAGAAAAUCAUCCCGCGGCGUGGUCCCCUGGACCGUGAAGUGGUCACAAAGAUAUUCCAAGACAAGGCCGGGGAAUGGAAGGAGAGUCUAGCCUGCGAAAAACUCAAGACAAUCCUGUUAUCUUCUGCAAAGAAUCAUGAAAUUGACAAGGUCGUCGGGUUCGCUCUUGGCACGAUGUCCUUCCAAUGUUUCAAUGCGGAUGGCAGUCUGUAUACCAGGAAUGGGUGGCGAUCUGCGUCUCAGCAUGCGCUCCUCGUUACCAUUAUGGAGUGGCUAAAAGAAAGAGACAACAAAGAAAAAGUCGUAUGCUACGCACAAGACCCGGACUACACCGAGGUAGACACGAAGAUUCUGGACGAGGCCGGCAUCGAGGUGGUUGAAGAUCCGCGUGGUUGGCUCGAGGUGGACGAGCACUCGAUCAUACUCUCGAUAGCACCGAAUGUGCCUGUCAAGGAGAUUAUUACGGACAUUGCUCGGCCUGCGGUCAUUAUUUGGUGUCGAGUGGGGGACAACGAUGGACUUGUUCGGGGGCUGACUGAUCCUGAUUCUCCGCGAGUCAGAGCAAUGCUAGAGGGUUAUGAGCAGCAUGAGUUUGGCCCUGAUGAGGAGAUGUUCUCGGACAUUGUGCUCUAUAUCCGGAAGUCGGUGGCUGCCCCACGUCCUAGUUCAGAUGGAAGAUUUUCUUAG